CUUAAAGAGAGACAGAGAGAGAGGUAGUAGUAGCCAUGGCGAUGAAGGGGAAGUUGCAGUCUGAGAUGGAAGUGAAAGCAUCUGCCGACAAAGUCUACCAUGUGCUGAGGAAAACAUCACACCACAUCCCCAACCAUACCUCGAAGAACAUCCAUGGAGUUGAAGUUCACGAAGGAGAUUGGGAGACUUCUGGAUCGAUCAAGAACUGGAAGUAUACUAUAGAUGGGAAGCCGGAGGUGUUGAAGGAGAAAAUGUUGUUCGACGACGAGAAGAAGCUGGUGACCUUGAUCGGGCUGGAAGGCGACGCAAUGAAGCUGUACAAAGUGUACACAGCCAAGUUCGAGAUCAAGCCGAAAGAUGUUGCCGGCGGCGGCAGUGGCAAUGGCAGCAUUGUUAGCAUCACGGUGGAGUAUGAGAAGCUGAACCCUAGUUGCCCACCUCCAUACAAAUACCUGGAUUUCCUCGAGAGCGCUUUCCAGGACAUCACUGAAGCCGUUGCCUGAUCACCACCAACAAUCAAUGCAUAAGAAACAAAAUAAGAGUAUUGUGAAUAUGGUUUAUAUUAUUUGUUUCGUAUUUGAUGAUAUGGGUUUGUAUUGUUUGCUCAUCAAAACCUUUGUACGUGUCUGAAAAAAUAAUGAGAGGGCGGCUUAGAGAUAGCUCUCUUGCAAACUUUCUAGGUGUCUUAAGGUUCAUGAUCAGUUGGAAUAUUGUAUGGUGAUGAAUCCCUCUUGUGGAUGUGGUAUGAAGAUUUGCAUUCUAAAUGUAAUGAAUUAACGGGUCUUUGGUUGAAUAUGGUAUCUAUAACUCGAGUUGUUUGCCAUCAAACAGUUUAUGAUACGGUAUACAAUAAGCUGAUUCGACGGUAUGGUCUUGUGUUCGAAUCUGGACGAUAUAAAAGUUGAAUUAAGCACGUCACUGUAUGACGAGUGUGUACAAAAUUCACUGUCGUUCGAGCGACAUGUAAGAAAAUCGUAUAAGGUUCUACUCGACCCUCUCCAUAAUAAUGGUAUGUAAAGUGAAAGACGAGUAUGCCUAUUAGCUACCAUUUCUACGAGAUUCAGCUAGGUUUAAUUGUCAAGAGAUUCUUAUUUUCAGCCCUCCUCGCUUUGAAAAGGCACAGCCUCUCUGUCUGCAUAAUGUGGUUGCCCUUGCAUCCCAAAUCCCAUCUGAUGGUGAUUUUGAUAAUGCUCACUGACAUUAAUUUCACAGGAGACCCAUCAACAUAAUGAAGAUUAGCGACAAUAAAUUCCCAUGCAAAGCAAUUGAGUGUUGGACACGUCAAUGCUAAUUAUAUAUGAACGGUCUAGUUAAGCCUAAGCAUAGUUGAUAAAAAGAAGUUGCGUCUUUAUCUUUCUCUGUUCCCUAACUUGUUACCAUUUGGUUUCAUUCAAUCAUCUCAAUUUGCCAUGCUUCAACGGAGUUGAAAUGUGUCAUUUCCAAAAUAAACAAUACAAGCCGUC